CUAAUCCUUAUAUCAUUCAUCACUCACUACUCUCCAUUUUCUCUCUCCUCUUUCCUUGUCAUUCUUCCAUCGCUUCACAUUUCCGAUUCUCGUUCAUCAGGUAGACUAAAAAAAAAGAGAAAAUAAAAAUAAAAAUAAGGGAUCUUUGUGUUUCUCUCUCCUAUGUUCUGUCUGUUCAAUUGAAUCGGUGGUUGGUGAAAUUGGGGGUUUUUGAAAUCAAAUAAUCUGCAACACGAAAGAAUCGAUAUUCAAUCGUUUUGACUUCGAUCUUUAAUCGUCAUUUUAGGGUUUUGUUUUUCUCUAAUCGUUGCGCAUUUUGUUUUUCUUUUUUUUAUAAUCGGGUUUGGAUAAUCCGAUCUUGGCGUCGUCUCGAUUUUGAGCCGAUUUUGAUUUUGGGUUGAAGGAUAAUCGGAAAGAUAAUUUUGGGGUUUUAUAGGAUUUUCAAUUAGGGUUUGAGUUUGGUGUUUUUUUUUGUUGAGGGAUUUUUGGGUUCGAUUUAGGGUUUAUCUGGGAGAAAGAUAAAUAAUAAGAUGUUAGGAGCUGGUAUGCAGUUUAAUCGGAGUCGUAGUGAUGAUCGGUUCUACAUUCCGGCAAAAGGCCGAAGAAAUCAUCAUCAAAAUCAGAAGAACCCACAACUUGAAAGAACUCAAAGUGAUAUUGUUAAUGGAGGAUUAGGUCGAGGAAACAAAUGUAGAGAAAAACCUGUAAUUUCGAGGGUUAGGGAGCCAGAAAACCGGACCGAGGAUGCCAUAAAUCCGGCGGCCUCACCGGCUUUUGAACAGGUGGAGUCGUCUUUGAGUAAUGUAGAACGUUUUCUUGAGGCAAUUACUCCUUCUGUUCAUGCUCAGUAUCUAUCCAAGACUACAAUGAGAGGGUGGAGGACUUGUGAUGUGGAGUUUCAACCCUACUUCAUGCUGAGUGAUUUAUGGGAGUCUUUUAAAGAGUGGAGUGCUUAUGGUGUAGGAGUCCCUUUGGUAUUGAAUGGCAGUGAUUCUGUUGUUCAAUAUUAUGUACCUUACUUGUCUGGCAUUCAAAUUUACGUCGACCCAUCGAAAUCUCCUGUUAAGUCAAGGCGCACAAGUGAAGACAGUGACGGAGACUAUUUCAGCAGGGAUUCAAGUAGUGAUGGAAGCAGUGAUUCUGAGCGUGACAGGGGUUUGGCAUACUCAAGGGGCGAACAGAAUCAUUAUAGCCACCCGAGUGAUAUUUCUCUUAAAACGGAUAGAUUAUAUUUGAGAGAUCAGCGUACAUCAUUGCAAGAGGAGUUUUCGAGUGAUGAGGGUGAAUCUGGGACUUCUCAAGGUUGCCUGUUGUUUGAGUAUCUAGAACACGCUCCACCCUAUAGUCGUGAGCCUUUGGCUGAUAAGAUAUCUGAUCUUGCGUCGCGUUUCCCGGAUCUGAAGUCACUUCGCAGUUGUGAUUUGCUGGCUUCAAGCUGGUUUUCUGUGGCAUGGUACCCAAUAUAUAGGAUACCAACUGGACCGACAUUGAAAGAUUUAGAUGCUUGUUUCUUGACCUAUCACUCACUACACACACCGAGUGGAGAUGUUACUCCCGCUCAAGCUCCGGUGGUGAUUUAUCCCAGUGGGAUUGACGGAAUUUCGAGGAUAUCUCUACCAGUUUUUGGUCUUGCUUCAUACAAAUUCAGAGGAUCACUGUGGACCUCAAAUAGUGGGACUGACCGUCAACUAGUGAACUCGCUCUUGCAGGCAGCUGAUAGUUGGUUGAGACUGCUCCAGGUCAAUCACCCUGACUACCUGUUCUUCUGUCGUAAUAGAUAAUGUCGAUAAAUAGACUGUAAUUGUACAUUUCCUACCAUUUUGGAGGAAUGUCCGAGCGUGGGCCUUUUUCUGAAGGAAAUUGCUAUCUGUCAGGUGGUUGAUGAGUUCAGAGUCUUUCUCUGACUUGUUCUAGUCAUCUGUAUCAGUUAGGGAAAAAAGAAAAAAAAAAACAAAAAACAAAAAACACAAAAAAAAAGAAAACAAACAAACAAAAAGAAGGCUGUUUCACUGCCUGUACAGAUGAAAGAUUAAGGUGCCGUUGGAUUUGGUUAGAAACAGGAUAGGUUUAGAAAGCUGCUGCAUGGCUGAGCGCUUGACAAGGCUUGCAAUCAGAAGGAGCAGGCUAGUUUUAUUUUCUGGUUUAGUCUUUAUUUAUAUAUCUCCAAGUGGGAAAAAAGGCUUUGUUAACUUCUAAAAUUCCCUGCCCUGAUGAUCAGUUACUACAAGAUAGCUAAUAUAAAGUUCGAAGGGUAAUUUGAUAGGUUGUAACUGGAGUUUAUGAGCUUUUGUGCGGACACGCUGUUGUUUUAUAUAUAGAGUAGUUUUAUAGAGUAAUAGAUGAAUGAAGUGUGUUUAGUUUAAA